AUGAAUAACUUUAUGGUAAGAAUUAAAGGCAGUAGCGAAAAGAUCAACAAUGCGAUAAGAGAAGUAUUCACAAAGAACUUUGUUGAAGAUAAUUUUUUUGAAAAAGAAAUUGAACUAAAGGAUCAGGUGAAGAAGAGGGAGAUAUAUAUGCUAACAGAAAAUUAUGUUGAUACAUAUAUGAAGCAAUAUUUAAUAAAAAAUGAUGACAACCAUUGGUUUUACUCCAUAUUAUGUGAGUUCAGUGUUGUACCAGACAAUAAUAAUAUUAUUACUUGUACAGGUGUUAAUGAUGUAUCCAUUAUUCCUAGUGUACUAAAUGUAGAGUUUUACGCUUCUGAUGUAUAUUUUGAAAAUAUGGAAAAUGAAGAAUUCCAAAUAAAAUUGAUUGAAAAAAGGAAAAAAGCAUAUAAAGAGGUUAAGGUAAAGAACAGGAGUGUUUUAUUGCUCCAUGGAUACUUUAACUAUAUUGAUAAAGGCGAUGUUCGUGAGAACAAAGCAAAUGAUAUAAAAGGCUUGUAUUAUUAUAUUCAAGAGAAUAUACAUAAUUUAAACAAAUGGGUUAAUAAUAUUGAAGGAAGUUUUAUUUUAAUUUAUGUUCAUUAUGAACAUGGUCAGGUAAAUUUUUUUUUUUUUAAUGACCAAUUUGGUAUGAAGUCUUUUAUUUUUUUUUAUGAACAAAGCUCAAUUAUACUUACGAACAUGUACGGAUUUUUUAUAAAUUAUGAUUUUAAUUAUAUUCCCAUAAAUGAUGAAUAUUAUCAAUUUGACGACAAAUCAGUCAGAGGUAACUUGAAUUUAAUUGAUGAUGAUCCUUUUUUAUUUUUUUUUCAUACUAAUGAAAAAACUCCAAAUAAGUGUACUGAUCGCGUAGUAUAUUGCUAUAGUGAGGAAAAUAUAAUAAAAAGGGAGUACUUGAAUAUGGUAAAUAUAAAUGAAAAAGUAGGCUUUCAAAUAAAUCCAUAUUAUGUGUACAAUUUAGUGUUAUUAUUAGAAAAAGGCGAAAUUUUCCUAAAAAAUGUGAAGAAGGAAAAUUGUAUUUACACAAAUCACUAUGAGUGGAAUGAGCAAAAAUUAACAUUUAGUCAGAAUUUUUACGACAUAUUUAAUUAUUUUGAACGACAUCAUUUUUUUCAUAAUGUUCAUACAGAUGAACUAGUUUAUUUGAAGAAAAUCGUAGCAACUUUAAUAAAUCAGAUAAAGGACCAUGAAGAAAAUAAAAAAGGCGGAAGUAAUCUUAAUAAGGGGCGUAUGUUUACAGAGACAAAACUUAAUAAUAUUUUUAUAAAUCUGUACCUAAAUUUGUUAAGCAAUGUGAUAAAAAAAAAGUUGGAGCAAGUUUUCCUGCAUCAUUCAGGUAAAUUAGAUCAAAAAAUGGAGCCUAAGGGUGAAAAUAAAAUCGGAGUGGAAAAUACUACUUCCCAAGGUGGAAAAAGAAAAUCAGUGGGUAUCCUAUUCUCAGGUGGAAUCGAUUCGACACUAUUGACAUUAAUUACGAUAAGAAAUUUUUUCCCCCUUUAUGAGGACGGAUAUAUGGAAUUAAUUAAUGUAUCUUUUAAUGAAAAUGCAGUUGAUAGGUACACAUGUCUUAUUGCUUAUGAAAAAAUAAUUAAUAUGUUUCCUGGAUAUGAUAUCAGAUUAGUCCUUGUUGAUGUAUCCGGUGUUGAGUUAAUAAAUUAUGAAAGGAUAAUUUAUUCUUUGAUCUCACCAAAUAAUACUACAAUGGACUAUAACAUUUCAUCCGCUUUUUUUUUUGCAAAUAUGGGUAAAGGAUAUAUUUGUCAACGCUCAUUUUUUAAUUUACAUGAAUGGAAAUAUAUAAAAAAAAAGGCCAUGGCUAUACUCAAUAUUAAUUUUGAGGGGCAAAUAAAGGAGCAUACAUUAGGUGUACCGAAAGAAAAGGAACAGAGUAUAAAUGUACAGAAUAAAAAAGAAGAGAAAGACGUGGAAGGAGUAGUGGGAGUGUGUACUGAAAGGAAAAUAAAAAACAAAUGCUACGUGUGCGAAUUUGUUAGAAAUAAGAAAUGUGUUCAUAGGUGUUGUUCUAUAUGUUGUAGGAAACUAAGAUAUGUAUAUAUAAAGGAGUUUCUACUAGAGAAAGAGAAAAUCAAAGCAAAUAAAUAUAUGAAAGAGAACGAGGUAAAAAAUAAGAAAGAUGGUGUUACUACUCCUACCAGUAGUAGCACAAGACACAAUACAUAUAAAAAGAUAGAUGGAAGUGAAAAAAGACAAAACAACUAUGUUGAUAUGUAUGAAGUGAAGUACGAUGAAACAAACUCGAACAAAAAAUGCAUAUAUUUGCUAAUAAAAAAGAAAAAAAUUUUCAUUAAUUUUGAAAUAUUCCGUGAGUGCCAUGUGCACAAAGGGAAAAUGUAUGACUACCAACAGAUAGGCUUGCUCUACCGUGAAUUUAAUAAGGAGCUAGAACAGAGCAAAAAUGAAGGAAGAAAAAGGGGGGAAGAUGGAAAAAAGGACGGUGUAUAUAUUGAUAAGAGUAACUACUUGAAUAGCAAAUAUGACAAUGAUACGUAUGACCAUAUGUGUGGAAUAGUUUUUGACGAAAAAUCGCAUAUACAGAAGAACAGUAGCAAGAGGUACUUGAAAAAAGGGAAUGAUGAAACAACUAGAAAUGCGGAAAAAGAAACAUAUAGUUUGAAUGAAGAAUGUUAUAUGAGAGAAGAAAAAUUAAGUGAUAACAAUUUUUUUUUAAAAAAGGAUAAACAAAACUUUAUUGACAAGUUCGUUACAGCGAGAACUGCUAAUGAUGCUAAUAAUUUUGAAAAAAUAAAAAGUCUAUUUUCCAAAGAGAAAUAUAAAAAAGGAGAAAGUAUGAACAAAAAGGAAGCUAUUAAUAAAAAUAAAAUUUUAACAGAUUAUCAGCACGAAAAGGAGGAAAGGGAGGAUGAGUCUUUAAAUUUUUUAAAUAGAAAAUUAUAUAACAAAGGUAAUAAUGAAGAUACAGGAGAAAUAUAUUAUUGUAAUCAUGAAUUACUUAUAAUAGGUAGUGGUGCCGAUGAAUUGUAUGGAGGUUAUUACAGACAGAACAACACAAAUAAUACUAAUAAGAGAAAAACGCAGGAAAAUUACAAAAUGAAUGAAAUGAUAAAAGAUAUUAAAAGAAUUUGGAAUAGAAAUUUAUAUCGAGAUGAUCGUAUCUUUACUUUUACAAGUAGAUCGAAAAAGCAUAUUUUUUAUCCCUACUUGAAUAUACAUUUAGUGAACUUUCUGUUUUUGGUUUCGUUUUACUUGAUAGAGGCUCCUAUUCUUAGUUCGUUCGGUUUGGAAAAAAGGAAUAGAAGUGAUGAUGAGGGAGAAGCGGAGGAAACGAAAGAGGAAUCAUUGGAUGAAGCAGCGGAAGAUAUACCACCAAUACCCAUUUCAGAAGAACACACCUGUCAAAGAUAUAAUGUAGAUAAAAAGGAAAGGACAAAGGAGAAGGAUACAUUAAUGAGAAAGGAAAACUACUGUCUCGUUUUUGUCGAAAGGGUAGAAGAAUGUUACAAUUUAUACAGACUUAUUAAAAAUUAUAAAAUUAGUAAGUGGAUUUUAAGAAUGGCCAUAUUUUUCUUAAAAUUCAAAGAAUUAAUGUUUUUCAAAAAAAAAGCUAUUCAGUUCGGUUCAAAAGCAAAAAAUACAAGAAAAUAUAUGAAGGAAUCUAUUACUUCAUCUUUUAAUGAUCAAGGAACGGGUACUUGCUUACUUGAUACAGAUAACAAAAAAAAGGGGCAUGACUCAUACACACUUUUAUCUCAGUACAUAAACACAUUUGAAGGAAUACAUGUUGAUUAA